GUGAGUGCUGGGUCCCUAUUCCACCCCUCGUAACAAUUAACAAAUAAAUAACUGCACGUGUUCCAACAAUAAAAAAAUCUCAAGACAAUGAGAAGAAGUCUCGAUUGGUAGAUUUAAAUAUUAAUUGGAUGUGUCUUGUUGUGGCGUCAAGUGGCACCUGAGAAUGACAGAUUGAAUUGCCAGUCGUCAUCUCAACGUCAUUCUGAUGCAGCAGAAAUUCGGGGGCGAACACCAGGAGGUCGAUGACAGCAUGAUGAACCUCCGGGAGCUCCUCAGCGAGCCUCCGUUGCUGCAAGCGAUAUUCCUGGGUAAUGUGCAGGAGAUUCGUGCCCUGUUGUCCCACCAGGAGGACAUCCACUGGCAAGACGACCAACAACGUACCCUCCUGCACGCAGCAGCAUUCAUCGGUGACCCAGAUAUCGUAAAAACCCUCAUCGAAAAUGGUGCGGGUGUCAAUAAAAAAGACAGACGUUGGCUGACACCUCUCCACCGUGCGUGCUGUUCCGGGAAUGAAUUAGUGGUGGAGGUACUGCUGAAGCACAAAGCAGCAGUGAACGCACGCGAUAGAAAUUGGCAGACACCCCUGCACAUUGCAGCAGCCAACAAUGCAGUGCAGUGUGCAAAGCUGAUAAUGCCACGCCUAGUGAACAUAAAUCUGACAGACAGGGGUGGUAGAACGUGCUGGCAUCAUGCAGCAUUCAAUGGUCACGUGGAGAUGACAAAAUUAUUUCUGUCCCAUCACAACUGCGUUGUGGAUGCCACUGAUAAAAAAGAUCGUCGAGCCCUGCACUAUGCCAGCCACAUGGGCCACGAUGGCAUCGUAAAACUCCUCCUCCAGAAGGGUGCUGAGGUAGGGGUUGGGGAUCGUGAUUUGUACACACCUCUGCACGCUGCUGUGGCAGCAGGAAAAGUUGAGAGCAUCAGGAUAUUGAUUGAAGCUGGAUCUGACAUCGAAGCGCAGAAUGUCUACGGGAAUACACCGUUGCACGUUGCCUGUCUCAAUGGCCACGUGGACGCUGUUGCUGAACUCGUCAGAUGUGGAUCAAACAUAGAAGCUGCCAAUUACAGGGGUGAGACACCACUGCACGUUGCAGCUGCCAGUACACAAGGUGUCGACUGUCUGGAGAGUCUUCUUCGUGCUGGUGCUGGUAUCAAUGUACAAUCCGAGGAUGGAAGAACUCCACUCCACAUGACAGCCAUUCACGGUCGUUUCACUCGAUCAAAGAGUCUUCUCGAUGCUGGCGCAUCACCAGACACUCGCGACAAAAAUGGCAAUACUGCUCUUCACAUUGCUGCAUGGUUUGGCCACGAGUGUCUGACAACGACUUUACUUGAGUGCGGAGCAUCACCUGGUGCUAGGAAUGCAGAGCAGAGGACUCCACUGCAUCUCAGCUGUCUCGCUGGACACAUCGAAGUAUGUCGGAAGCUACUCCAGGUCGACAGCAGGAAAAUCGACUCGAGGGAUAUUGGGGGCAGAACUCCUCUUCACUCUGCUGCUUUCAAGGGUUCAGUCGAUUGUCUGGAUCUUUUGCUCUCCAGUGGUGCUAAUUUCAGGCUGUCGGAUAAUGAUAAUAGACUUCCUCUGCAUUAUGCUGCUAGUCAGGGGCAUUAUCCAUGUGUUUUUACUCUCGUGGGGUACGGCAGUGAUCCCAAUGCCCAGGACGUCAAUGGAGCCACUUGUCUUCAUCUCGCUGCUGCUGCUACCAAUCCUGCCAAUAACUCUGGCCAGUGUGUCAGGUAUCUCCUGGACCAUCGAGCUGAUCCCCAGGUGCGCGACAAACGUGGUUUCACGUCGAUUCAUUAUGCAGUGGCAGGUGGCAAUCAGCCAGCUCUGGAGGCUCUCCUCCACGAUUCAAACCUGUGUCCAACAGUGGGAGGUGCUACCUCGUCUUCUCCAUCCUCAGUUCCCUCGCCCUCUUUACCACCCCUGGGAAGCCUCCUGCCACCUCAGCCCGUGCUGCCACCCCAGACAUCCCUCAAUCCCCCAGCUCCUGCUCUAACUCCCCUCCAUCUUGCAGCCUACCAUGGACACGCAGAGAUCCUCCGUCAACUGCUUCCUCUAUUCCCCAGCACAAAUAUCCGCGAGGACACUGGUAAAACACCUCUGGACCUUGCUAGCUACCGAGGACACGAGCAGUGCGUUCGCCUGCUGCUGAGGUAUGCAGCACUCGUAUCAGUGCAGGACAAUGUAACACGUAGAACACCCGUUCACUGUGCAGCAGCGAUGGGACACGCUGAGUGUCUGCGAUUACUUUUAAAAUCAUCAGAGGAUACUUCAGUAGUGGACAGAUGUGACGCCAAACAGAGAACACCACUGACUCUAGCUGUCGCCAAUCACUACACCGAGUGCUCGUUUCUCCUCCUCAAGUAUAAGGCCGAUUGCAAUCUGCCAGAUGUCAACAAGCACACACCCCUCUUCAGGGCUGUUAUUCACGACGUGGAUUUAUCAGUUAUGGAGAUGCUACUGCAGCACGGUGCCAGGGUAUCCCCCCAGGACUCCAAUGGAAAAACUCCCAUGCAUUUGGCAGCAGCGUGUGGCAAUGUUGCUGCACUAGCUGCCCUCGUCAAGGCUGAUCCCACAGCUGUUGCCCUCAAGGACGAUCAGGGAUGCAAUGUACUUCACUGGGCUUGUUACAAUGACAAUCAUCUCUGUGUGGAAUUUCUUCUUGAGUCUGGCCUCAUUGACACCCUCGAGGGCAAUCCAUUUUCACCAGUUCACUGUGCAGCGCAUCAAGGAUCGGCGUAUUGCCUCGAGCUAUUGAUUAAAAAAUUUGGCGAACAAGUAGCUGCACUCAGGGAUACACCUGGGGGUAGACUACCUCUCCAUAUUGCAGCUGCUGCUGGUUCUGUGGCUUGUGUUAAAUUCAUUCUUACGUCUUUUGGGCCUGAUGCUGGAGGCCUCGAGGCACAGGAUUAUGCUGGUAGGACACCUCUCCUCAGUGCUGCUGUUGCUGGACAAAAUGCAACUGUGGAAAUGCUACUCAGCAGAGGAUCUGAUGUCAGGGCUGUCGAUUCCGGGGGUAAUACUGCACUUCAUCUCGCUUGUCAGAGGCGACACUACACUGUGGCUUCGUUGCUCCUUGAUAGAAUUGAGGCAAUGGUCAAGGAGAAUCAGACUGGACAGGUCGUGCAGAUGAUGCAGAUUGUUAAUAUGGUUAAUAAGCAGAUGAAGACUCCUCUGCAUCUCGCUGCGAGGAAUGGACUUGUUGGGGUGACCAGGAGACUUAUUCAGUUCGGGGCCAGUGUUUUCGCUGUGGAUUCUGAGGGCCUCACACCUGCACUUGCAUGUGCUCCUAAUCUCGCUGUUGCCAAGUGUUUAGAGACCAUUUUAAUCGCACAUGGAAAAAAUUCGGAAGCAACCCAGCAAACUCCAUCCAUCCAGCAAACGUCUGAGGUAAAUGGUCGAGUUGGUGAUUCACAACACAGUUCAGACUCGGAAUUCUACUGACGCCAACUAAUGCGUUCACACGCUGAUUUUUUAUGAGUAAAUGAGACAAUUGAGAUAAUUGGAGAUUCAGCUCUUAGCUUUGUAAUCGGUCUAAGUGCUUUCGACGCCUGCCAUUUGUGCGGAUGGAAUUGGUAUGUUUUUUAACGUAAAUAUGUAAGAAUGGAGAUAUUUUCUAUAAGGUAAUGACAAUUAUUUUGUUUUCUCGUUUUAAUAAUUUUCUAUACUAGAGCACGAAUGAAUAAUCGUCGUAGCAAUGUGAAUAAUGUGGAAUUUAAAUAGCCGGUUAAAUUUUUUAUAUGAAUCAAAAUAAUUAUUGAUACUUAAUUGACGACACCGGCGUGCUCAAUGAAGGCUCUUCGAUUGUUUAAUUUUUAUCGAGAGGAUGACUGCAAUCAGUGGUUGUAUCGUUUCAUGUCGUAACGAUUGGCUUUAUGAAUAAAACAUUUUGAAAAUU